GAGCGGAGAAGAAGAGUGAGCCGCCGUCGGCUCCGCAGGCUGGUGGCGUUCAAAGAAACUUCACCGCCGGUUUUUCUGGUGGGCGAGAGAAGAGAGAGAGAAAAGGCCGAGAUAUUACAUGUGGUCUUGAAGAGCGCGCUUGUUGAGUUGAGAACUUUGGGCAAGAUUUUAACGACGGCGGUCUUCACGACGGGGGCGAGUUUAAACCCGCUCGUUUUGGUCGCGUCAACAUCGGCGCGUCGUGCUCGCUUGGGCCUGAAGCUUCGCAGGUGUCGUUACUUUCUGGCUAACGCUGGCGCACCGGCGUGUCUGAAUCAAGCUUUUGGCAGUGGUGCAUUUACUGUUGACAUCCAAACGUCACGGACGGGAGCGUCGACAGCACAAGUGAAGCGGCUGGGGAUGCUGCUGCCUUGACUUUUGGAUGAGGACCACGACGACCAAAGGGCAAUAAGCAACUUAAAAUCAUGAGGCACAAAUGCUACACUGAGACGGAGAAAGACGCGGCUCUCAGACUUUCCCAGGAGCGAGCUGAGAUCAUCGAAAAGUAUGACCGGGGCCAAGAGGAAGGUGCGCAGAUUGACCCGUGGGAAGAUUCGGAUUUCCGCCUCUACAAAGUCACGGAUCGUUUUGGCUUCCUGCAUGAAGAAGAACUUCCAAUUCCAGAUGCGGAAGAAGGGAAGAUCAAAGCGACGGAGGUGGAGAGGGUCGCCAAGUGGCUGAAGAUGGUCAAGACUUGGGAUAAAUACAAGAACACCGAGAAGAUGGCGCGCCGCGUGUACAAGGGACUUCCGCUGCAGCUGCGUGGGGAGAUCUGGUCGCUGCUGCUGGAGCUGUCGUCGCUCAAGGAGGAAUUUUCCGGCCUCUACGAGCAAAUGAAGCAGCGAGCGCGCAUGGUGUCCCCCGACGUGCGCCAGAUCGACCUGGACGUGAACCGCACCUUCCGCAACCACAUCAUGUUCCGCAACCGCUACGGGGUCAAGCAACAAGCCCUGUUCCAUGUGCUGGCUGCAUACUCCAUGUACAACACGGAGGUGGGCUACUGCCAGGGCAUGAGCCAGAUCGCUGCGCUCCUUCUCAUGUACCUUAACGAGGAGGAUGCAUUCUGGGCACUCGUGCGCUUGCUGUCCGACAAUAAACACGCCAUGCACGGAUUCUUUGUGCCGGGCUUCCCCAAGCUGAUGCGCUUCCAAGAGCACCACGACCUCAUCAUGAAGAGGUUACUCCCCAAGAUGAAGAAGCACCUGGAUAGCCAGGAGAUCUUCACCAACCUCUACACAACAAAGUGGUUCUUCCAGUGCUUCCUCGACCGGACCCCGUUCACGCUCACGCUGCGGCUGUGGGACAUCUACAUGCUGGACGGAGAGCGGUUGCUCAUCGCAAUGGCCUACACCACGCUCAAGCUGCACAAGAAGCGGCUGAUGAAGAUGGAGAUGGAGGGCCUCGUGGGCUUCCUGCAGCAGUCGCUGAACGAGGACUUCCUCUACGAGGACCACUUUGUCAUCGACCAGCUGCACAACAACAUGGCCGAGCUCCGGCGCAAUAAACUCCUCCAGCCGCCCCCAGGCAAACAGGAUGAGUUCCCCCAGCGUCCGUUUGGGCAAAUGCCACCUGACAGCCUCACCAUCCUCGAGGCAAAUGGCGCCGCUAAUGGACAGAACAGACAGCAGCAGCUGACACCGACAAAGGCGGCAACGAUCACAGCGCCAGGGCCGGCACGUACUCCGUCCCCGCAGGGGAACGGAAAACGACCGGCGCUCUUGCCUCCGCGGAGACUUGAUGGGAACGUGAGAAGUGUGACCACAGAAGCUGAGAACCCAGCAGCAGCAGCGGCAGUGGCAUCAACAGCACCACCAGCAGCAGCAGCAGCAGCAGCAUCGGGUGCGAUGGAGAGACCAGCGAUAGAAACGCAUGCACAGAAGCUUCCGAGCGACGCAAACUCAAACCAGAACGCCGCUCCUGGUCCUCGCGUAGACAAAGACAAAGCGGGGGCGGCGGCGCUGGCAGCCACUCCCAAGUGGAGGAAACCAGCAGCGGAGGCUGUGGCAACAACGUCGACAGCAAUAACAUCGUUGGUGGUGCCGGUGGGAGGAGGAGGAGGCCCGGUCCGACCCGGCGCCGUGAUCCGCGUGGACAGCGUGGGCCGCAGCGCCUCCCAGCACUCGCUAUACGACAACGUGUCGUCCGAGCGCGAGGCUGACGGCCCGGUGGCCGCUUGGGGCCUCCGAGAUGACCGCUUUCUCACGAGCCCCAGCAGCAGCAGCGGCAGCGCCGUCACCAACGGCGAGACGCUCGCCCGGCCGCAGCGCCUGCCGGUGGUGCCGCCCCCCCGUGAGUACGGGAGCACAGACCACAUCGCUUCUCCGCCACCGGCAACUCGGCAUCGGCAGCAGCGGCACCAGCAGCAGAAGCAGGGAGCGCCGUCGCAAUCAAUGAGCCGUUCGGCCUACUCUAGUCCUGCGCGGUCACCGUACGGAGCCUGGACGGACACGGUUCCGGUGUCGGCGAGUUACCACGGGCCACCGGUGGCCGGCACCGUGACCCCCAACGGCAGCGGCGGCGCACACCUCCUCGCGCCGGACGGUUCCUUCGACCGUGCCGACGGAGCGGCUUGGGCUGCGGCGGCGGCGGCGUCCGCAGCCGGGCACAGCGCCAGCGCGGACGGGAGUCUGGACGGGGGUCUGGACGAGGGGCGGCACGCGCGGGGGGGCGGCUGGGCCGUGACGCGCGGCAAAGUCGUGGCUCCCGCGCCCCGGCACUGGGCGACGGCGCCCGCGCACGCGUCGAGCGAGGGCGAGCUGCUGCUCUGGCCCGACGGGCAGCAGCAGCAGCGCUGCGUGAGGCAGGCGGAGCUGGUGCGGAACGUGGCGGCGGUGGCGGCGGUGUCGGUCGGGCCCGAGCGCCAGCGGUCGCCGGGACACGCGCAGUACCCGCCCUUCCCCGCCGACGACAUCAGGGAGACGGCGGUGCUCUGAGCCGCGGUGGCGGCGCCCCUGGUGACUCCCGUCCUGCGCUGCUCCUGGAUUUUAAAGUCGAGGUUGGGGUGGGGUUGGCAAACUUGGACGUUGGGAAUGGAAUGCGGCAGGAGGGGCCGGGCAUUGUAGGUGUAAUUCGGAAGAGGAGGUUUUGAUGGCGGAGGGCAGACGUCGGUGGCGACCAAGCCGGAUUGUGGCAAUGAGAUUGUCGGACCUUGGAGGCCGUGUGCUGACUGUGCAGCAACUUCAGGAUCUGGCUUACGGAAGGAGGCGAUGUUGAAUGGUGGCACCAUCAAAUGGCAUCUCCACAUGUUCAUAUGGUUUACGUUUUUAUUGUUCGACCCCACCAGAACUUGACUUCGUUUCCGUGAAACUAUGGGGGUUUCUUUUUUUUAGCUGACAAAAGAAAUUUGACUUGCGUUGUGUUCAGCAGCACGUUUUUUUUUUGUAUCUCGACACAGAGAUGAGCUUUAAUCGGCGGCGUCUCUGCGAGCCGAGCAAUUUUACAAGCGUGUGGCUCGCGAAUUUUGCAUAACGGAUCGAGACAGCCAUCGUACACCGACCUAUCGGACCUCUGACUACUCGAAUAAUUUUUACGCUUUGGUUUUAUUUUUUUCAUUUUGGAUUUGUUUUGUAAUUGUCGUUGAAACGGCUGUAAAUAGUGCGGUGUGCGGUCAGGUGUUUAGCGAUUCUAACUGUUACACAAGAACGUUACGACAACCAGCAUCUCCUCAGGAAAAUCUCACCCAUUGUUUGAUCUGAUCAUGUCCUCCCAUGUUAAAUUGUUACCAGAGUUUUUUUUUAUUUUUAAGUACAUUUUUUUUAGUGCUGUGCCGCAUAUUACUUCACGAGAUUCCCGUUUCUCUCUCUCUCCAUUUACGCUGUCAGCGUACACGCGUGGGUUUUAUCCAGGUGCUCCAGUUUCCUCCCACGUGUCCAUUGGCUGAAAACAUCUUAGUAUAUGGAGGACUGCAGAGCUGUGGCAAUUGUUGGUAGCACCGGCUCACUGCCCGACUGCUGCCUCCCAGCUUGUCUGUGGUUCCUCAGCGAAAUGUAAGAUGCAAUCGGCAUGAACGAUGCAAUAUUUUUAUACUUAAAACAAUCUAAAUGUUUAUACAUUUCAUUUCAGCUUAUUAAUAGGCAUGUGAAAUGAUUACUAGCCAACCGUGCUAACGUCCGAUUAGAACAGUUGGCUACGUACGGUGCGAAAGAAGUUCAACAUACACAAAUUCAUACUGAACUCAACCCCCAUGUGACGAUGGAUGAAUUGAUUAUAAUCAAUUGAGGAUCAUGUGCCAAUAUUCCAUAAUUGUCUUGUUUGUCUUCUAUCAUUCAUCAUGUCAGUUCUCUCUCGUGUGUUUGUCUUAUUUGAUCUGUGAUCUUAAAGAUAACAGUCUCUUGUUGUUGUAAUGUAAUUUUCAUAAACCUUAAAUAAUCGGAAGGCACGUAAUUUGAUACGUGCAUUGUGAGCAUAAGAAACGAUGUUGAUGAAUGGAGGAUUUCAUGCCUCUUGAAGGCAAUAGCCAGCUUGUGUAUAGAUCUCGAAAUGUUGUCAGCUCUGUUCUCGACUCUCAUUUUACUUCUCUCAUUGUUCACGGUUACAAUUGGGGACUCUUUUUUAUUCGGCGAAAACGGCAGCAACGUUUUUUUUUGUCAGUUUCAUUCUUCGUCUUUCAUCUAACCAAGCAAAAGUCCAUUCACAGACAAUGAUGUCAUUUGCACAAAAUGUCGAUUGAUGAAUCUCGACCCAACAUUUCAUUUUGUUAACGGAUACCCUUGUUCGUAGACACGUGGUCAGUUUUGUCCGGUCAUGUUUGAGUCGGUCUUUCACAAUUCCGGCUAAAAAAGGCAACUUGCGAUCGCUAAAGCAGAGAGGCAGGCUCCGUGGUGGCACGAGCUGUUCUCUCUUCACAGUGCUUCCCAAUCUGACGCAGCCACGGCUGCAAUGUAUCCACUCCGAUUGGCGUGAGAUCGAUGCGUGUGAUUUCUUGUUAUGCCUCCGUCAACAUGUGCACGGAGUCCACAUCGUCCAGAGUUCCACACGAGUGAAAUGCCGGCCAGUUAGCAAGGUAGUGUUUCUCACCAGAGCAAAGAACCGACAGUUCUUAGGCUUAUCUUCACACGGCCCACAGCCACAUGAGGACUACACGUGUAAACGGCCUGCGAACGAUAUUCAUCCCAUCAACGCAAGCAUCUUAGCCACACGAAUUGGGUACUAGAUGGGAUUAGUUUGAACCUGGCAUCAAUGUUUCUAAUUCUUUUACACGCUCGGUCACUUCUGUCGAUUGCAUGGGCCUCUUGGAGUGAAGGCCGUGGACUACUGAAAGAUGCCAAUGUGUGACCCGCCAAUAAGGUCUUUGAAAGCUCUAUCUGUGUGGCCGUUAUUAAGGGAAAGGUACCUCACCCCUGUACUUGAGGGAGACGCCGUUGAGAUGGCGGUAGCGGUCUGUUUCUGCUGUUCGGCGAGCGGGUGGCUUGGGAUCGUGUUACGCUCAGGCAGACGGCAGUAUGGCGUUAGUGCGGUUUUAUCGGAACUAUUUUUUUUAAACAUCGCUUGAUUCGUUUCACGUCUGCCUGUUUAGAGUAAUUAAAUUUAUAAACACUCCGCCGGGAGGCGCAUGCACCCGUUGCAUUUGGUAACCGUUCAGGACUGGAAUAUGCAGCAAAUGGAUGAGGAGCAAUGGGGGGCGUGGAUGGAUGAUUGGAGGGUGUGAGCUCUGGCAGCAAAAGUUGCGUCGAAGCCAAAGUCUCGCCACUAAAACGAGCGUUUGGGCGACGACCGCCACUGGUGGUGUCCCCCGAGCCAGCGGCGGAAACGCCACACUUGUAGGGUGCGCACGAAUCACUCUUCACAAACUGCUUCUCACUUUUGUGGAUGCCAGAAAGAUGAUCAGUUGAGUUGCACCCCACUCCCCCCCCCCCCCCGGCCAGAUGUUGAACUCGAAUGAUUUGGAUUGCGAGUCGAAUGCUCUAACCACAGCGUCGCUCAGCCAAGUCGGCGUGAACAAUACUUGGACUUAGACUUGUUGCGACACACUGUGAAAGGUUUGAACGCCACAAUCCUUUGGCAAUAAGAGGACAUGGGUACUUGAAGAGCACUGCUUGGUGUGUGCUAUAUGCAGCUCGGUAACAGGUUGGUAAUUGGGGGCCAGCUGUGUAAAUGGGGAGGCAUUGAGCAACGCUGGCAUUGAAAUUGCACUGUCACUCUCAUGACAAAAUGAAUCUUGUAUCACAAUUAUAUCAUUGCAAUCAUGGAUUCGACAUUGGCGAACAUUAUUUCCGUGCUGUUGAUCGAGUUUAAAGGGGCGAGUUUUGUUGUUAGCUAAGGGUAUAUUUGUGCACAUUUCAUUAGAAUUUGUUUUUAUGCUCACAGUGUUUUCUUGUUUUCUUUUCUGAGUUUGAAAUGAUGUGUUGCUAAAAAAUGAAGGCACUUGAUUUGUGGGUGCUCACGUGUGUCUGUCGGUGAGUAACAAAGCAGAGCAGUGGUUUGACUCGAUUGGCAGCUCAAAAUUCACGAAUCGCAGUGCAGUGCAGACAAGUCCAGUCACAGUUUCUUUAUUUGAGCACUUGGGAGGUCGUCAUCUUCGUUGGCAGUGUCUGAGCCACCGUCGGAAAUUCCCCCCCCCCCCCAUUACCAUUGUAUGGGCCGAUGUUGAAUUCCCACUGAAGUGGCGCCACGGAUGGCUGACUGUCCGAGUCAUUCCUCAAAUGGGAUUCAGUUCAGUUUAUUUUGAAGUACCCUGUGAGCUAAGAAACCUUUAAGUCGGGUACCAUCAAUAAAAACACACCGUUUCUGUGACAGACGUAACACAUCAGAGAAAAAUAAAUGAAUAAUACAAUAAAUAAAAGGUAAGAACUCACAUAAUUUGAAAUAGAAAAUGUAUCUUUUAAAAGUUAGAGCCGAUUAAAUAAUUUUAAAAGUGCAAGAUUUGCCUUAAAAGUGCCAGUGGUAAACACACCGGAUUACAACUCGCAACCCAGCAUCUUAUCAAAUUAACGCGCAAACCCGGCUGCAAUCUUGCUAUACACACGGUGGAGAUUGCGUUACUGUUAUUAUCUGGUCGUUACUCUGUUAGUGCCGGGGUUUCUUUUUUCAAUACAUUAAACCAGUGUUUCAUUGCCAUCUGUUACAAGAAAGAACUCGCCCUCUGACCCCCGCUGUUGAUGCAUGAUUAUGACUUCAGUACUUUCUGGCAGGGAAUAGUCCCGGACCAAGACACAGCAGGACUCAUUCAAUGUCGUUUUUGUUCCCAAACCCUUGAGAGAGUGUGCAAUGCAGCUCCCGAGGCAGGAGUUUGUGCUUCUUUGCACGUGGAGUGUGGUAUCAGUGCCCUCGAAGCAAACACGUGUGGACACACGUGGGACAACUGAUCAUUGUUGACGAUGGCUCCGAGUCCCCCCAUAGUCAGUGAUCACAAGAGCCCCUCCCUGUUUUACCUGCAGAUGUCAAUGAUGGUUUUAGGCCAGGCUGUCAGGGUUCCUGGCUGGCUCUGUCGUGGUCGUGGACAAUAUUAAUGUUCUAAUUAUGUCAUUUACCGAACCAUGAAAGCUUUACGGAAUCUGGAGACCAUUAGAACCCCCCCCCCCCAUUUUUUCACCAGGAGGAUCUUGCCGGGGAUUUUUUUUCUUGCUUUUAGGGGCACGUUCGAGCUGUCAGAUGUUUGUAGGAGGCUCGCUUUGAAGUCCGCAUCCCAUUGCAAGAUGAAAUGUUAUUUAAUGUGUGUUGAGCAAUAAACUACUUUUUUAAAAGCAAAAAAAUUACAAUAUUAGCACAGACCCUGAUAAAGGCCAUUUAAUCAGCAUAUGUAAGGUGAAUGCCAGUUAUUUUUAAAAUAGAAUUACUGUAAUUGCAAAGAGUGGAUUUUAUGAUUAACAGUACUGCCAUAAUUGAUAGUAUUUAAGACAAUAUGAAGUGUUUUGAAUUGGAUUUUUUUUACAACCCAACACUUUCCUUACUUUAACAUCCACGUUAGCUUUUCCUAGAUUUUUUAUCCAGGAGUAACUUAAUAGUAGAACAUGGCGAUAAUUGAUAUGUGUUUGUAGAGUAAUUUAUUGUUUGAAACAUAAUCACUUCUGCGGAUGGAAUUCAAUUCCCCUGUCAACGUAUCGAGUGAUUGCUGCCCGUGUCACGUGUGGCUGGUCAUCGGUCUCAGCAGUGGCUUUGCCCGUGUGUUGUUUGCACCCGAUGGAAAUAUGGAAAAUGCUGCCACCACCACUUCCCAUCGUCUCAAUUGAAUUGUAAGAAGGGUCCAGCACAGUACAAUACCCCUAAAGCCAUGAGCCAUAUUUUCUUAACCGUUCUACAAAAUCACGUGGUCUUACGGAUGUAUGUUAAUUAGAGGCGUCCAAAAGAAUGCACCGCAAAUACGUUUUUUAAUCAGAUUGCUGUAAUUAUGUUUGAUAGGAUGUAACAGAAGUCUUAAUAAACGUUUAUUUUUCAUUGUAAUGUACGUAUGAGAGCCUAGGGGUGUCAAGUGUUUAGUAUUAUUCGUUUUGUUUACUGUCGCUGUACAGAGAGAGAGAAGCCUUUUUUGCGCCGAUGUACAUCUUGUUUAUUCUCAAUGUUGCCUUUCAGUGAAUAUGUUCAUACUGAAGGAAGGGUCCCAUAUCAUAGCAAACCCGCCCCCCAUGUACAGGUGCUCUCCGUAGCAUAACGCGGCCCUAGACGUUUGUAUUUGUAGAUAGAUUGCCGCAGUAUUUAUACUCUCGUAUUUGUACGCAUUUCUCCGUUGGGACUUAUUAAUGUAUUUGCUUCGUAGCCUAAGCAGUGUGCAGCAUGUUUUAAAGUUGCACCGUUACCUACUUGGAUUUUUUUCAUUUUUCAAACAUUCGAAGUGAAUUUGUUUUUUUUGUCCGUACCGUGUUUUUUUUGUUGUUGUUGUUGCGAGGACAAAAAAAUUGUCAGAAAAAUUUGUAAAAAAAAAGUCGAAGUCGUUUGUAAAUGUGUAUUAUUAAUUUUUUAAAUAUGAUUUUGGGUCUGCACAUUUUUGGAUGAUGACUUAUAGCGAGCGUUGUAGGAUUCGUUUUAUCAGUUACCAUGAGUUCAAACAAUUGCUUUGAAAAAUGAAUAAGUGUUUUGACUUGUUUCACCGGCAUAAUGUGCCCGCUUUUUAUAAAUGAUCUUAUUUUAAAUAUUUAUAUAUUAACAACGUGCAUAAUGAAGGGAACACAUUGAUACCGAUAUGCAAUUUCACAAUCGCAGUUAAGACAUUUCUGAUUUGUGAUUGAAUUCUCCAUUUGAAAUUUGGAAAUGAGCGUCAAAAUAGUUAAAAAGUCUGAGUCAUGUCUGUGGACACAUGAUGACCCUAGCUGGAUGAGGAAAUUCCACGUUCCUAUGACAGUGGCCAGCGUCUCCAAAGGACUACCACUAUUGAUUGUCUGCAAAGUCGUGCUAAUCACGUUAGCUCCAUCGAAGCGCUGAAGUCGUCAAACAAAUGCACAGCUUUCCCAAAACCAUACGCAACAUGUUUUUUGUUUUGUUACAGCCGGAUGACCUUCAGACGUUGUGUGUUGGGCAUCCGAAACAUUUCUGGUUAAUGUCUAAUCGCUGGACGAGGCAAGUGAAUGUCACAUUGGCGGCGUUUGUUCGAGGUCCACGUUCAACCUGGGUCUGGAUCAUUCACAGAGCAUGGGACAUCACAACCUACGACGCCCCUAUGGGACUAUUCACUUAUCGAUCAUGGCUGAUGAAGAGCUCGGCCAUCUUGAUUAUUGACAUAAUCGACGCAUCUACCGAUUGUCGGUCCGUUUACUCGACCGAUCGGAUAACGUGCAAGUUAGCUUGGGGGGGGGGGGGGGGGGUGAAGUCUCAUCUCUGUUCUUCCCACUUGUGCCGCUGGAGGGGAGGUUAUGGGCUCUGGGUUUGGUGAAGAUCAUCGGCGUCAGUCGCAUCAUGCUGGGCGUGACUUGCACGGGGGUUUCCUGCCUUUGGGCGGCAGGACUUGUGGCUUGCUGCCAUUUUUCCUAAGUGGGCCCGAGUAAUCGACCAUAUAAAAGGGAGUCGAUGAGAAUGUUUGUUGUCCAUAUUGACUCUGUAGACCUGUCGUCCCCACCGCUGUUCCGCGUGUGUGGCAGAGCGCUUUUUCGCGCUUCGCGUAACAAUCCCGGUGUAACCUGGUGUCUGUCCCUGACCGUAACGAAGGCGGAAAAGUAUAUCUGAGCCUGUCGGUCGACUCAGCCUUAAGCGAUUGAGUACCUGGCGCAGUGAGUAAAAACCAUAAUCGCCGGGAAGAUGAGAUGGCCGGGGCAGUGGUGCUGGCCACGACAUCUCUCUGUGGUUGCAUGCCACCGUUAGUCGGUGCUGCUCAUAGCACUUGGCGGUCUCUUGGGCUGAAUGUGGAUCUUUGCCUCUGUAUGCGUGCAAUGUGAACAGGGCUUCCCGAGUUGUUUUCGAUGGCGGGUUUCGUUCGUGAUGUCCGCGUGCAUUUUUCUCAAGUCCAUUGUGUGUCUCAGCGGUUUUAAACGGUUACUGACACUGCCCGGUGUGGAAGUGUAAUGUGAGCGUUGUCACUGCAAACCUUUGCUUCCCAGGCGAACAGGGCAUGCCGGUUAGAUGAUGAUGAUAAUGGUGACAAUGUGCGUCGGACCGAGUUAUCGAUACUCCCCAAUGUCUGUACAGGAAGGAACAUAUUUUUUAGAGAUGGAUUUUCAAUGUGGCUUUACAUUAAAAAAACACCU